GCGAGGUACUGAAGUACUAGUGGUGUUGAACGCCCCACGGUCAGUAACGUUUCAGAGCCGUGUUACGUGGGUAAUCAGUUCGGUUGUGCAUCGUGGAGAGCACCUGGGUUCAAGCCAGCGACUGACACAGCAGAAAACUUCAAUGCAAUGCUGCUUCUCAGACGUUGCCACAGCCUGACUCGAUUUGGCCCUCUCACCACUCAAAGGCGUCAGGUUGCACCUGCUGUGGCAUCGUGUGCAGUUCGUCUCUGGAGUAGCAGCAGCAGCGACGACCAGAGAUCGUACCAGCACACACACAGUCCCAGCUGGAGAUAUGGCCUGGCCGGACUGCUGGCUGGUACGGGGGUCGUUCUGGCUUACGGCCUCCAUCAGCACAAGGCUGAGCAGGCAGACACUGUCAGAGUGCAGACCAUAGAGAAGACCUCCUCUCUUCCCAUCUUCAGCCAGGAAGAAGUCACAAAGCACCGCUCUCUGCAGGAUGGCGUGUGGGUCACUUACAAAGGUGGUGUCUAUGACAUCACUGAGUUUGUGGCCAUGCACCCCGGUGGUGAUAAGAUCUUGUUGGCUGCGGGUGGGGCCCUUGAACCAUUUUGGGCGCUCUAUGCUGUACACAAGCAGGAGCAUGUGCUGGAAAUCCUCUCAGAAUAUAAGGUUGGUGAGCUGAGUGCAGAAGACGUGAAGAAGCAGCAGGCUGUGAAAUCAUCUGACCCCUACUCUUCUGACCCAGAGCGUCACCCUGUCCUGCACAUCAACAACCUCAAGCCUUUCAAUGCUGAGCCGCCUCCUGAAAUUCUCUCUGACAGCUACAUCACCCCCUCUGCUUUCUUCUUCAAGAGAAAUCACUUACCUGUUCCCAAGGUAGACCCAGCUUCUUAUCAGCUCAGUGUGGAGGGACUACCUGGAGGGGUGCUGACGCUGUCUUUAGAAGACUUGAAGACUAAAUUCUCCAAACACACUGUCACUGCCACACUGCAGUGUGCAGGUAACCGUCGUUCUGAGAUGAAUAAGGUAAAGCAGGUGAAAGGACUGAACUGGGGCAUUGCUGCAAUCAGUAACGCCACAUGGAGCGGCGCUAAACUCAGGGAUGUGCUGCUGGCAGCUGGGUACGGGCCAGAUGUUGCUAAGUGGGCUUGCCAUGUUCAGUUUGAGGGACUGGACAAGGAUGUGACAGGUACUACCUACGGUGCGUCCAUCCCUCUAAAGAAGGCAGUUAGUGAGGAAGGUGAUGUGCUGCUGGCUUAUGAAAUGAAUGGCGAGGAGCUUCCUGCUGACCACGGCUUCCCUCUCCGCGUCGUGGUACCAGGCACAGUAGGUGCACGUAAUGUUAAAUGGCUGGGAAAGAUCAUAGUGAGCACAGAGGAGAGCAGCAGCCACUGGCAGCAGAACGACUACAAGGGUUUCUCCCCUGGGACGGACUGGGACACAGUGGACUUCAAGUCUGCUCCGGCCAUCCAAGAGCUGCCCAUCCAGUCUGCGGUCACCACGCCGGCAGACGGGGCUGUGGUAGAUCGCAGUGCAGAAGAGGUGACUGUGAAAGGUUAUGCCUGGAGCGGCGGGGGCAGAGAGGUGGUACGUGUAGACGUUUCUCUAGAUGGAGGAAAGACAUGGCAAGUGGCCCAGCUGAGGACCAGUGACAAGGGACAAGCACCUGAACCCUCACCUCCACCAGGACAAGCCUGGGCCUGGAAGCUUUGGGAGGUGACGGCUCCUCUUCCUGCUGAAGCUCAGGAGCUGGAGAUAGUUUGCAAGGCAGUUGACAACAGCUACAACAUGCAGCCAGACACAGUCCCUCCCAUCUGGAACCUGAGGGGGGUCCUGAGUAACGCCUGGCACAGAGUGAAGGUGAAGAUCAGAGAAGAUGAAAAUGAGGAGUAAACUCAGUGGUUGGAUCCACCUCCAAGUUGCAGAGGUUUAGAGAGUGGACAUCGUCUUAAAUUUCUUGGACUCAGCAAGAAAAUAUUUAAAGGAAAAAACAGUUUCAUAAAGACAAAGUACACAAUAUUUUAAAGUAUUAAAACAAAUACAUCAGGAUUUUUGACACAUAGACUUUAAGUAUUUAUGCAGUCGUGCUGCCUUUGAGAUGUGAAAGAUUCUCAGUGGUACCUAGCGUAAAGCUAAAGGCUGUGACCGACUAAACCAAAAGUCUCAUCCAGUGAUGAGUCACUUACACUUUGGUUCUAAGUGAACAUGUGAGUCUUUUAGAUUUGUAGGGCAAAAAACAUUUAUUUUUUUUAAUCAUUAUCAACAACAUUCUUAACACCGAAGAUGCUUGUGUGAUUACCACGCAUGUUUAAAGCCUAAUUUUAUUAUUAUGCAUAUUAUGAAAUCUAACUGAAAUAUAGAGACAUUUUGAGUUUGUUAUAGAGUUAUUACUUUAAAUGAAGGCUACUUGAGUUGCUUUUCUUUUUACCAGUUUACCAAGAGUGGAAUCAUCUAGGAAUUUUUAAAACAUCUGGUAGAAAACAUUUUUUGUUAUCUGCAGCUGUGGCGUCGCUGAUCAAUUACCUCUGCAAAAGAUAAGCUACUAAGUUUCAGUAGCUUAAAGAAAAAUUACUAGAAGUAUCUGUCAAUGGCUGAGAUCAUCAAUUCUUGCUUUUUAGCAAAUCACAGGUGAACUGUGACUUCGGGUGCUCAGUCUGUGCCCUAGUGUGUCACAGUUGGUAUGAAGUACCAGACCUCACUGUGGAGAUCCGGGUGAAGUUUAGCCUACAGCACAUUGCAGAGAGAUUUCUUAACCAGCUUUGACCUGAUGUGUCAAAAAAGACAGGUCUUUGCUUUGUUUCCGUUUUCUGAGAUGAGCAAAAAAAAAGGUUUAGAGAAAGACGUGAUUCCCUAUAAGGAUAGAGAAAAGUAACAAACAAUGUGUAAAACCAUGUAAGCCACAAUUAAAUUGUUUACCUAAAUAUCUUCCCUGUUAGAACUUGUUUGAACUGGAAUAAGUGCACAGCUUGUUUUUCAGUGUCAUUGAGAUCUUCAGUCAUAUUAAUGUUAAUUCAUCUGAGUCAUGUUGACAGUUGAAUCUGUCAAAGCCGCUGAAUUCCUCUUGUGGCAAGCAGCCCUGUGAUUAGCAUUGAAUUACACUGUUUUGUGUAAAAUGAACAUUAUCGUUGAAGAUGAUGAAUAAAGAGCUCUAAUUUUA